AUGCCAACAAUAUUCCUCACUGGGGCCACAGGCUAUAUCGGUGGUCACGCGUUGCAACUCAUCGCCAAACAACAUCCAGAAUGGGAGAUCAUCACUUUGGUACGGAAUAAAGCUCAAGAGGAACUGCUCCGGAAACACUUCCACUGUGUUCGAACUGUUGUAGGGAGUCUUGAAGAUCUGGACCUGGUUGGUAAUUGUGCCGCCGAGGCGGAUGUUGUGUUGCAACUCGCAUCAUCUAGUCACCCCACUUCGAGUACAAGAAUGAUCAAUAGCAUGGCUCGACGGAAUAAGGGAACGUUCAUCCAAAUGUCAGGCAUCUGCGCUCUACAGAACCACCCUCAUGGCUACGGCAAGCCCUCGGAUAUCAUAUACAACGACAGUGACCAAGACAAAUUUGCCACCAGCUUCUCCUCAAGUAGCCCGGAGCUCUCAGUCCUGUCAGCGGGUAAACAUAAUGAUGUUUCAGCCUCAAUCUUGUGUUCCGGGUUGAUUUACGGAAUCGGAAAGGGGCCCGGACGGAGGAGGGGGACGACGGUACCGUAUUUGAUGGAGGCAACACUGAAGCGUGGGAAGCGAUUUAUGAUUGGUGAAGGUACAAACGUGAUGAGUUGUAUACACAUCGACGACGUCGCAUCAGCUUUACUUGUGCUCACCGAACAUGCUCUCGCACGUCAGAGUCGCGAUAGUUACCUUCCAGACACAUGCAGCUUGGAGCCAUUACCUUUCUACUUCCUUGGCUCAAACACAAUAUCGAUGAACGACCUCACAAAAGAGAUUGUAAAGAUAGCACAAUCACGCAGCAUUCUGUCACUAGAUUCCCCCACAAUCGAACAGCUCAGUCCCGGUCAAGCAGCACAAAUUCAUCCCUGGGCACCCAUGCUUUGGGGGUCGAAUUGUGUUGGUGAAGCCAAGCAGCUGGAAGAAUUACGGUGGCAGCCGGAAGGACCAAGCUUAAUUGAAGCAUUGCCAGAGAUGUUGGAUUUUGAAAUCAGCUUGUUGGCUGGGCGGGAUGAAGACCUUUUGUGCGCUUGGCAGACAGAUGUUAAAAUACGGAGGGAGGAGAUUGUUUCGUGUUUUUGA